UUCACUUUUAAAUUACAGUGCGAUAGUAAAUUUUAAGUUCUUUUUUGAGCUUUUGAAAAGUACUCUCAGGCUACAAUUAACUUUAUGAAAUUAUGGGUUUUCCCAUUUCCUUUUUAUUGUUUCAGUUUACUUAUUUAUUACUAGGUUGAAUUAAUAACCGUACGAAAACCGACAUUUUUUUGCGAAUAUCUGCAACCUACAUGCGCCACUGUCUCGUUUAGUAUUUUUACUUUUUAUCACUGCUUGUCGCAUUUUCAAUAAAUGAUUUCGUCCUUUCUUAUUGCUGAUUUGCUGCAGUUGCUGAUUUGCAGUUGAUUUUGCAUUUGCGUGAGCACCGUAUCUCUGUGGUUCUUUAAUCUGCGGUAGCUUUUCCUAUCGGAUUAAAUAAUUGUGACGGGUUAUCGGGUAUCAUUAUCAGUCUUUGAUAAUUUAUUAUCUGGUUUUGCUGUUAAACUGGAAUCGCUAAGUUUUGUCCGAGUGGUGAAUACUACCAUACUGCAACCUAGUAUCAAGGUGUUAAAGGAUUGGAAUCGUACAUUUGGAGUUCUGACUUAUCAGUCGCAGUGUUAUGCCGAAGGACACAACAUUUAUCUGGAAUAUCAUACAUGCAAUGUUUUUGAGAAUAAGCAGCAUUAAUGUUUUGGGCACAUUGUAUGCCUGCGCUGAGUGUGCAUAGUACUGCAUACACUGGAUGAUAAGACGUUUGAGGGCUUUGUUUCCAGGCUGUAUCUGCAAGAUAACAAGAUCACAGUAUUGGAGCUCCAGUCAGUUGUGCUAGUUUCCCGCAGAAAGAAUAAGCUACCAAGUGCAGUAGCCGUGGUACUCCUGCAUCAGUUGAUAACGACUGCCAACAAUUGUACGAGUAUCCAACGUGAACCGGAUAUUUGAUUUAGGCUGUGGAUUUCGCAUUGUAAUCCCGAGACAGUACAAUUCCAGCUGCAAGCGUGGAUCUGUGGUGCAGUGGACAAGGUUCUUUGAGACUGCCCGCAAGCAGUUAUGUCUGCUCGUGUAGUGCCGUACGACGCCGAUUAAAAACCUGCAAGCUCAACAGUUUAUGCCGCAGCUGUUGGCGUCCGUACAGGCAGCGAAGCCAGUCGUUAUCGCGUGCGGCGGGCUUCCUGCCGAUGAACGGCAGUGAUCCAACGAUGAGCACGCUGUCGCCCCAAUCGGCCCCCGCCAAGGGGGCCACCUAUCCCCUGUCCAGCCACUUUGCCACGAUGCCCCGAUUGCGGCACCAUCGCUCGCCCAAACGGAAAAAGUGCAUGUACAUUGAAACGGAUGUGGAGAGUGAAGGGAGCGGGCUGGAUACCUUUGACGCGUCCGGUGAUGCGACGUGCGCAUUGCACUGGAAAGUGGACGAUGUAGCUGCACAGUUGACACUCCUUAACCAUGCGGUAUUUCGUGAGUUAUUACCCUUGGAUCUGGCUUCCUUGAAGUGGUACGAUCCGAGAAUGAAAAAUUAUCCAGAAUCUCAACGUGUCAAUGCCAUAACGACGCGGUUUAAUUACGAUGGACAGUGGGCAAUUUCGGAAAUUUUGAAGCAAGAGACACCCAGGCAGCGGGCAGAAAUGUGGAGCCAUUUUAUCCGGAUUGCCGACCGUUUAUUUCAGCUGAAUAAUUUCCACACAAGCUAUGCUAUAUUUUCGGCACUGCUCAGCUCACCCAUUGCUCGUUUACAUCAAACGCAAGCACUUCUUCCAAAACGCGAUAAGGAGACAUGUGAUUUUCUGGCAGCCAAAUUUUCAUCGGAUAAUAACUGGAAAGCAUUCAGAGAAUAUCAAGAAGGGGCGGGAUAUCCACGAUUGCCGCAUAUCGGAUUCUACAAGACUGAUCUGAUUCAUGCCUAUCAUGCAUAUACCAAUGUCAAUGAGAGACGCAAACGCCUAAAAGCCAUUGAGCAGAAAAUAUUCGAUCUCUUUAGCCGGUCCAAUUACGGAUUUUUGGAAGAGAUUCCAGCGCUGCAGUCGUUCCUGAAAAGUUUACGGUAUUUGGAAGAGCUGCAGAAGUUUGUCGAUGAAGGCAAUAUCAAAUUAUCGAAAACACUAGAACCUGAUCCAAAUGAAAGGGUGUUGGAGCAUUCGCCAUCCUGUAAUGGAUCCCGACCGCUGACAGUUAGGGAUGUUUUGCUCGGCUCACCCAUGGAUAUACCAAAUACGAAAACAAAUUUGAUCGAUGAUAGCAACAUCGAGGAUCUCAUUGCAGACGAUGCUUUUCUGUUGUCUUCUGGUCACAUGCUCAGCCGCAACAAUAUCGGCAAUUUAUCCUUACCCAGCAAUAUGGCCGUAUUACAACGCCAUUACGACUGGCAAGGUAUGUUGGAAAAGAAAACUAUUGUUAAAAAUGGCCAGUUCCGCUUUCUGCCGCGCUGGAAAUCUGUAUGGGCAGCCGCGUGGGGAUCGAAUUAUUUUAUUUUUAAGCCCAAAAGCCCCUUCCGUACAGGGGAGCGCGUGCAUUUUGAAGGGAUUCCUUGUACGGUGUACACAGUGACCGACUGGAAACUGCAUAUCGGCACCGACGAAACAUUGUCGUUCAAACUUCAGUCACCAGAUAAUGCAUUUAUUGUUCGCUUUAAAACCCGCACCGUCACAGAGUAUCGAGAGUGGAUAAAGUUUUUGAAAGCGGCGACCGGAGCACCUUCGAAUUUGAUAAAUUUGGAUGGAUAAAUCAAGUACCAGGUCUCGACGCCGUGGUUGACUAUAGUCUAGUGCCACAGUGUCGUGCCGCUUUAUAUCUUUUUGUUGGUACCAUGCAGUUGAUCACUCAGUAUGUCGUGUGCUUAUUUGAUUUUAAUGUUUUCAGAGUUUUAUUAGAGUACUGCCAAGUUUUAUUUUCGUUUCGUACUCUUGCGGUUUUUGUAUUGAAAAGUUUAUGCUCAGUUUAUACUGUAUGACAUGGGAUGUGCAAUCACUGCAGUAUACGACAAGCGCAGUAAAAUGUCUGCAUCAG